AUGGAUGUAAAAUACUAUGAAAUAGAUCCGGAUGGUGACGUCUUGCUGCUGUUGCGAACCGCAAAGCAGGAAGACGAAAGUAGUGAAGACAGGGAAUUUGCCAACGAUGAGCCCAAGGCUGAGACGCCAAAUGAACGGAUGGAAACCGAAAAGCGCGAAACCGAAUGCAGCGGCGACGCGAAGUCGGCCGACGAGAAAACCAAAGCUGAAUCGCCAACCGAAUCGGUGGAAUCAAGUGAUAUAGACAUCCGGAUGCGGCUCUCUUCGAAGCAUCUUAUCUUGGCUUCGCGUUAUUUUCAGAAGAUGCUUGGCGGUGAUUGGAAAGAAGGAUGUAUUCUCCGCGAUGGCCAGCAAUUGGAGGUCACCGAGGAGGGCUGGAAGUCCGGGCCCUUCUUGAUUCUGAUGAAUAUCAUCCACGGCCGAACGAAGAAGGUCCCUCGAACCGUGACCAUUGAUGUUCUUACAGAAAUCGCGUCGCUUGUUGAUUAUUACGAGUGCCUGGAGGUGGUGGAAAUCAUGGCUGAGAUAUGGACCUCGAAGAUUACCAUUCCGCAUCUCACCUUAAAGGAUAUUGCCCAGUGGUUAUGGCUUAGCUAUGCUUUCCGUUGGGCGAGGAAGUUUAAGACCUGGACAAAGUGUGCUAUCCUAACAAUUGAGGGCCCGCUUUAUACCCAGGGACUUCCUAUCCCAGACAGAAUAUUGAACGAGAUACAGGAGCAGAGAGAGGAAUCGAUUGAGCGGAUUGUGGCAUACCUCCAUGGCCUCCUUGCCGAGUUCACGAAGACAGAACCCUGCUGCAUUGAAUGUAGCUGUAUGAUGCUUGGGGCAUUGACCAGAGCUUUGAGCAUGAUGCACCUUCUCUCACCACGGCCAUCCAGACCUUUCUCUGGGUUGAACCUGAGGGACAUGCUCCAUGGGCUUGCGGAAAUCUACUCACCAAGCUGGUACAACACAUACUAUGCUCGAGAAAUACAUAAAUGCAGCCUAGAAUCCAUAAUACAGCCAACACUUAACAGUGUGACAGAAAGUAUUACUGGUCUAGAACUGGAAAACUUCGUUCGUCCUGAGCCCAUCUCCAGAGGAAGCCUGCGGAGCAGCCAAACAAAAGAUUAGUAUGAGCGUUUUGACAUGGUAUUGCUACUGGUUAUGGCAAACUACAUACAAAACCAGAGGCCAUUAUAAGCAGAAUUCUACAAUUUACAUAUCGAAUAUCUGUGCCUUUGUACCCAACUGCUACAGCUGCGUGUGCAUAUAUUCACCCCAACAUGCAUAUGUAUCAUAUCGCACAGCUAAUCACCGCUAUAUAGUCAGUAGGUUAUUGGCUGCUGUGAAGUUACCCGUUCAUGUGGCGCUGCUUUGGCUUUUUUAAUGUGUUAUACUGGCUUUGAUAUCGUUGUUAUUGUUAUACCAGUCUUCUUUUAAUUGACAGCAAUGGACUUGCAAGAGUC